UCUCGAUCGUGGCUGCACUGACACGAUCGUCGCGACCUUUGGACUGAGAUAGAGUGGAAUGCAGAAAUAAGAUGAAGCAUCGAGGAGCGUGCAAAACGUGAAGCUAAUAAUACUUACUAAUUAUCGUGGUCGCGACAACAUCACCGAUUUUCAACAUGCGGUUACUGUCGAAUGUCAUAAACGCAUACAAACACUUGGCGAUAGGUGCCAACCUGCCAAUGUGCUCCGCCAGUCUGAGAAAAAUGGCGUCCGAGGUGGAGAAGGCGCAGUCCGCUGCGCCGGAAGGUGACACGAUAUUUGGGAAAAUAAUACGUAAAGAGAUCCCAUGCAACUUUAUUUAUGAGGACAGCCAGUGCGUUGCAUUUGAUGAUAUAAAUCCUCAAGCACCUGUGCACUUCUUGGUAAUUCCACGAAAGCCAAUUUCUCAACUCUCCAAAGCUCAAGAUGAGGAUGAACCUUUGCUCGGUCACCUAAUGAACGUUGCUCACAAACUUGCAAAACAAAAAAAUUUGACAAAAGGAUUUCGCUUGGUUAUUAAUGACGGAAAGCAGGGUGCUCAGUCUGUGUAUCAUCUGCAUCUGCAUGUUCUUGGUGGUCGGCAAAUGGAGUGGCCACCUGGCUAAUGUUUUACAUGGUUGGAAAAAGUAACUCCGCUAUUUAUCUUCUUUCAUAUACUUCGUAUACAAAUUCAAUUCCAUUUUCUUCCUGUAUACCUUGUGGUACCGUUGGAUCUCUGGAAUUAUUAUUAGUUGUUACAAGGCAGUUGAUAUGACACAUCAAAUCUAAUAUAGAAAAAUAUUAAUACUCACUCGACCAAUACAAAGUCGUUUGGAAUGAGAGGAAAGAACGUAUCACAUUCAUAUUUUUUCUUUAUACGCGUCAGAUACAAUCGUCCGAAAUACGGAGAUUCUAUGGCGCUCUAUAAAAUUGUUACAACAAUUACCAUCUAAUUUAAAUUUAUAUUUUUAGUGUAUAUAUAUAUAUAUAUAUAUAUAUAUCCCUUUGCUAUGAAGUAUCUGGCCUGUUUUUUUUAGUUACACUUUUUGUAUUUUUUUCCCCUUUAUUUUUAAGCCGUGAGUACUUAUUUCACAUUAAAUGUAGAAAAUUUAGAUUUUUCAUUUAUUUGCAGUAGCAACAAUUCAAUUAUCUAAUUAGCUUGUUAUUUACUAUGAUAUUAUCUAUCUAUAAAUAUUAUAUAACUUUUAAGCAAUGCGGUAGUGUCGCAUAUAUAACUUACUCAAGUCUGCUGAAUUAUAGUGCAGUUAUAGUAUUGUACAACUAAGAAAGACUUACCUAUCUUUUAAAAAUGUAUUAAUUUGUUAUACAAA